UCCAUACAACAAACAGACAUUCUCCAUUAUUAUUCUCUUCUCUCUCGUUUAGUUUAGUGUUACGAAUUUUACAGUGGAAAGAACCAAGUAACGAUAUGGCAUCGCUUCACGCAUCGGAGCUCGACUCUGCCGCUACAGAUUCCGUCGCAUCAUCUCCUCGCUCCGAUCAUUAUGGUUCCCACGAUCCGCGUGUCCGCUUCAUGUGCAGUUUUGGUGGUAAGAUUCUUCCUCGGCCUCAUGACAAUCAGCUUCGUUAUGUUGAUGGGGAGACUCGCAUCGUCGCACUCCACCGCUCUACCAGUUACUCUUCUCUUUUGACUAAGCUGUCCAAACUCUCUGGUCUUGCUAACUUGAGCGUCAAGUAUCAGCUGCCCAAUGAAGAUCUCGAUGCUUUGAUAUCUGUUACAACCGACGAGGAUAUAGAUAAUAUGAUGGAAGAAUAUGAUCGGGUUUUAUUGAAUUUGAAUCCUCGCUCGGCACGGCUCCGGCUGUUUCUCUUCUCUAAAGGGGAGGAUUCGAGAGCUAGUAGCAUCAGCUCGCUUCUUGAUGGCUCCACAAAUCGGGAGCACUGGUUCUUCGAUGCACUUAAUUCUGGGUCCAGGCUCGAGCGCGGACGAUCCGAGGCUUCCUCCAUUGUAUCAGAAGUGCCCGAUUAUCUAUUCGGGUUGGAUAAUUCGGAUGAUCCUCCCCAACCUCGCGAGCCUAAAAUGAAGAGUCGACUCGUUUUGCAAGACAACGUUUCGGCUUCCGAUCCCGGUUCUCCUGCUCCGGUUGUUUCUUCGCCGUUCUGCUCGACUUCGUCAGCCAUCCCGUCUGUGCCUUCGAUUCCUGAUCUUCCACCCGUCAAGACCAAGCCCGAAAACCUGGAUCCAAUCAUACAACCGAAGCAGAAUACAAUAGAUGUUUGUUCUGAGACAAUUGAAGUAAUGACGACCCAACCAACUCGGUACCCGAGUCAUCCCGUCAUGCAUUAUAUUCCGGAUUCUCAUUAUCCGGGUCAUCAAGUGCAACAAAUGCCAGUUUACUACGUACCGGGUCCAGUUCCACCGGGUAAUGUUCCGGUGCAGCCCUUUCAAACUCGGGCUCCAUACGUUCAGCAAUACCCAGUGUCAACGGGUCAAAUACCAGUGGGGUAUCACCAAGCAGCUCCGGGUAUGGGUCCAUUAUACGGUGGGGCUGCUAUGAGGCCUAUGACUACAUUGCAUCCAUAUGACGGCGGAAGGGCAGUUCCUGAUGGGAUGAAUCAACAGGUUUAUUAUGGGGUCAGAAAUGUAAGUCCAGGCAUGGUUCAGGGGUACCCAGGCAUGGUGGUGCCUGGUGGGGAAGAUUUGCAAAGGACUGUCUCGGACACAAAGUUGGGUCGAGUCUCCCAAUCUUCUUGAUGAUAACUGCAGUAUAUUAUUUGGUAUUUUGCUUGCUUAUGUUUUGCUUUAAGGUUUGUGAUUGGUGAUUGUCCGCUAAAACGAACUUGUAAAUUGUAAUUAGCUUGCUUUUCUUCUUUCAAAUGCUUCUGUUUUGUUGAUUUUGUGUGGUAAAACAAUAGGCUUCGACAGAUGUGUGUACAGAGAAGACAAUAUAUGCUAUGAAGCUCUUUU